CGUAAGGAGGACAUUCAACUAUGCAUUUCAUGGCAAAGCAUUAGCUCGGAUCCUAUUAUUGGCAAUGAGCAACCAGGGAAGGCAUAUUGGCAAAGGAUUGCAGAGCACUACCAUGCUAACCGUGAUUUUGAGUCUGAUAGGAAUACAUUCUCUCUUGAGCACCGUUGGGGUAACAUUCAGAAGGAAGUAAGCAAGUUUCAGGGCUGCUACGAACAAAUUGAGCGUCGACAUCCAAGUGGCAUACCACAUCAAGAGCUUGUAAGUUAAAUUUUUUAUUCAUUAUUAUUAAUAACAAUCUUGUAUGUAUGUGAACUAGCACUUGAAUUUUGCUAUAGGUUCUUGAAGCCGAGGCAUUGUACUCAUCCAAUGCACCAAAGAAUAGGGCAUUUCAGUUUAAUCAUUGUUGGCUCAAGUUGAGGAAUUCUCCAAAGUUUCAAACUCUAAAAUCCCACAAGAGGCCAAGGUCUAGGAAGUCUUCGACCCCAAUUGAGAGUGCUGGUGAAGAAGAUGAAGAAGGUGAUGAUGCUAGGAAGAGUACAACUCCUGAUUUAUCACAGCCAAGUGCUAAAAAGAGACCAAUGGGUAGGAAGGAAGCAAAGGAGAAGUUGAAGAAUGGAGGAGAAGAUGGACCAUACAAGGAGGCGAUGAAAGAUUUGCUUGACGCCAAAGAGAAAGAAGCUAAAGUGAAAGAAGAGAGAUGGAAGGAAACUAAGGAGAUUCAAGAGCACAAGCUCUUAUUUGCUGAGCGUAAGUUAGUGUGGGAUCAAGAACAGAAGAUCAUGUUUUGUGAUGUUUCCACCUUGGAACCAGAUGUGAGAACAUAUGUGUUGGCUAUGAGGGCACAAAUUGCAGCUUCAAAGGUGGCUGCCCUCAAUGGUGGAUUUGAUGGUAGUAGUGGCUUUGGAGGUGAGUUUGGUGGUGGUAAUUGA